AUGCCAGUAAUGCUUACUAAACACUCUCAAUUCUCUGAUAUUUCCGAAAUGAUCGGAACAAUGGGAACCUGUAAAGUUGAGGGUCUCGAAGCGUGUAUCGGACAAAGUCACGAAGUGAUGACGACUCCAGCAGCGGAUUUAGCAGCUUUCAGAGCACGUAAAGUGGCUCUUAUCACGGGAAUUUCUGGGCAGGACGGCUCCUACCUUGCUGAGCUUCUCCUCUCGAAAGGAUACAAAGUUCACGGAAUCAUCCGUCGUUCGUCGUCAUUCAACACCGCCCGUAUCGAGCAUCUCUACAGUAAUCCAAUCACUCAUCACGGGGAUUCUUCAUUCUCUCUUCAUUAUGGAGAUAUGACUGAUUCGUCUUGUUUGAUCAAGUUGAUUUCGACGAUUGAGCCCACUGAGGUAUACCACUUGGCUGCUCAAUCCCAUGUCAAAGUCUCGUUCGACCUGCCAGAAUACACUGCUGAAGUUGACGCCGUCGGAACUCUCCGUCUUCUCGACGCUAUCCACGCAUGCCGUUUGACUGAAAAAGUCCGUUUCUAUCAAGCGUCGACUUCUGAAUUGUAUGGAAAAGUACAAGAGAUUCCACAAAGUGAGAAGACUCCAUUCUAUCCAAGAUCUCCAUACGCUGUUGCCAAGAUGUAUGGAUAUUGGAUUGUGGUUAACUAUCGUGAGGCGUACAACAUGUUUGCAUGUAAUGGAAUUCUCUUCAAUCAUGAGAGUCCACGUAGAGGAGAGACCUUCGUAACCCGUAAGAUUACUCGUUCCGUUGCCAAAAUCAGCCUCGGACAACAGGAAUCCAUCGAACUUGGAAAUCUGAGUGCUCUCCGUGAUUGGGGACACGCCAGAGAGUACGUCGAAGCUAUGUGGAGAAUCCUCCAACAUGAUGCUCCAGAUGACUUUGUGAUUGCCACUGGAAAACAAUUCAGUGUCAGAGAAUUCUGUAAUCUCGCUUUCGCUGAAAUUGGAGAAGAACUUCAAUGGGAAGGAGAAGGUGUGGAAGAAGUUGGAAAGAAUAAAAAUGGAGUGAUUCGAGUGAAAGUGUCUCCAAAAUACUACAGACCAACUGAGGUCGAGACCCUUUUGGGAAAUCCAGAAAAGGCGAAGAAGACUCUCGGAUGGGAAGCGAAGGUUACUGUUCCGGAACUCGUCAAAGAGAUGGUUGCCAGUGACAUUCUCCUUAUGAAGUCCAAUCCAAUGGCAUAA